AUAGAAAAGCGCUUAAAGUAACGGAAAGAAGUAUAAUGUGCCCUGGACAUAUAAUUGAGACCGACAAACAGAAGGUCAUCGUGAGAUAUAGCAUGGAUGGUGGCAACAGCUUCCUCGGCAAAAUGGUUUUCCAAGGCAACGACUGUACUGACAAGGAGCCACCACCAGUGGAGAAAAUAGAAAGGGAGUCAGAGACGUGUAUACAGACAUGCAACAUGGUGAUUGUCCCUUGUUGUAGGUACCAGCAAGACAACGUGAGACAUAUCGAGGGAGAUGACGUUUAUGGAAAGCGACAUUGA